UGAAAAAUACCUCAUAACAAGGGGCGUUGUUUCUUAUAUGUUUUAUUAUUUACGUUUGUGAAUUGUCUUCUGUUAAGAAACACGCGAUCGCUAGUUUAUAAUUAAAUAAAAUGCAUUCCCAGACGAAUCUCAUUGCAGUGCUGCUACUGGUAGCUUUUAUUCAUGGAGGCUCUGCGAUUUGGUGCUACCGCUGCACCUCAGCUACUCCUGGCUGUGCCGAGAAGUUUAAUUGGCGGGGUAUAGGAUUCCUGGGCGAGCACUGCCCAGAACCCGACGAUAUUUGCGUCAAGGUGACAGAGCGCCGAGGCGCCAGGGAAACGAUCACCCGCGAUUGCCUCAGUGCACUAAACUUCCGUAAGGACAUUCCCGCCGACAAGUACGAGGGCUGCCGACCAGCCGCUCAUGACGAGAAGUUGGCGAACUACGUCAACCACACGAUUAAAGAGCACGACGUGCGAAGGGAUUACUUCACUGACACCACGUUCUGCUUCUGCUUCCUGGAUCAUCGAUGCAAUGGUGCAACUGGCCUGCAGGUAUCCGCUGUGAUGGGCCUUCUCGCCCUCACUGCCCUAUUCUUCCGUUAGAAUUUUCCCAAUAGUGAAGGGUUAAAGUGCCUUACUAAUGCUAAUACACUGAGCAACGACGAAUCUCGUCUUACAUUCCGUCCACACUUUUGUACAAUUUUUGACACUGAUUUACAAUUUUUAGAGUCUUGUGUUUACUCAACUAAUUAAAUACAUUUUACCAUAUUUAUAAAAAGAA